GUCCACUUCCCCACCGAUGUCUCCACCCCCUCCUCAGUGCAGUACAUGAACAGGAGGAAAACAGCCCUAUGGGUGACUAUCGCUCUGCUGUUUCUGUCUACGGUGGUAUUAAUCGUAGGCCUGGUAUCAGCUACACGGACCGACAACGUGCCUGUUGCUGGGUAUUACCCCGGCAUCACUCUGAGCUUCGGAGCAUUUCUAGGUAUCGUCGGCAUCCACCUGUUGGAGAACCGCAAACCUAUGCUCAUGGCAGCCAUCAUAUUCAUUAGUAUUGGAGUCAUCGCCUCGUUCUUUUGCGCCAUUGUGGAUGGGAUCAUCGCCGCAGAGUUCAUAGACAGAAGACCCUUGCUGGAGGACAGGUGUGUUUUUUAUGCCAGCGGAUCUGGAUAUGCCUACGACAACUACUACACUGAGGUGACUUGCCGUUCAUUCAACACCGCGUGUGGGUUAAAAGUGAGGAGCAACACGUGCUACUGCUGCUACCUGUACAACUGCGACAGCCCGGACUACCAUGCUCAGUACUAUGAGUUCACAGGGGUCAGUAGCUGCUGGGACGUCAUCCACCUGCAUCGUCUCCUCUGGGCCUCGGUGGUCCUCAACGUCUUGGGCCUGUUCCUGGGUAUCAUCGCGGCCGCCAUCCUCGGAGCAUACAAGGACAUUAAUCCUGCUCCUCAGAUGUCUCCUAGCCCCGCGCCUCCCCCUCACAUCCUCUACAACCCUAACCAGCACAUGCUCACCUAUGCCAGCUUCUGCCCUUCAGGACAGACGCUGCCCGCCUACCCCAACUACCCAAUUCCCAUGCAGCAUUGCAGCAGCUACCAGCCGCCUUCUACUCCCCAGCCAGUCCCUGAAGGAGGUCCUUCCUCCACCUCAUGCAUGUCGGAGGAGAGCCAGAGUCAGAGCCAGCCCCCUUCUCAGGCUCCGACCCAGCCUUCGUCUCAGGGAGGACCCCAGGAGCCAGGGGCCUACGUGCUGACGCCCAACGCACCUGUCCUCUAUGGAUCAACCUACAGCCCAUUUGAGAAACCCCCACCUUAUGCCUGCUAA